UAUCCCCAGCAUCAUCCCAUCAACGAAUCGUCCGGCUCCCUCUGCUGUCCCUCAGAUGCCGUCCAAUCGUACUAUCACGACCUGCAAUUCGAGCAGUCCGCCCAACUAGUCGACACGUUCUACCACUCCUCUCAGCUGACCUUCUCACAGACCCCUUAUUUGGCCUUUCCAUCUGCCGAUCUCCAGGCCUAUCAAUCAUUUCAACCGGCUCAAACGCAACAGGUGCCCCCGCAUCACAGCCAACAGGGCUCCUCUCGAUCGCAGCCGCCGCCUCAGCCCUCCUCUCAGACCCAUUCCAGCCUGGAUCAGGAAGCCAUCUGCUUGGCUGACUACGCCGCGGGUCAGCAGCUCUGUGUUCUUUCUGAAUUCGCCGAGCAGCCGAAUGCCGCUUCAAUGCUGCUUGAUGUCACGGGAGCCGAACUCUUGACCUACGAGGCCUGCCUUUCCGGUGGCCUGAACGUUGGACAAGCUGACACUACCGGUCUGCUUGCUAUGACCACGGCAACAGCCUCGGUUGGAGGGACUACCACGAAUGGGUCACCCACGUCGACAGACGCCUCGGCUACGGCACCGACACCGACACAUGCGCAUGCAACGGCACUAGCACCGGCCUCGACUCUGACAUCGGCUCCGACACCGGCCCCAGCACCAGCACCAGCUCCGGCGCCGGCCUCGGCACAGGCAUCAACAUCUGCUCUGGCACCAGCAUCUGUAUCAACCUCAACACCAGCACCAACGAUGACUGUGACAAUAAAGGAUGUGGAAACUAUCGGCCCCAUCCAGACUUCAAGCAGCCAGGACCAUCAGGAGUCGAUUCGCCACCGAUACGAAUAUCUGCUCGACCAUGCAAACGUUGGCCAGACUUGCGCUACCGACUUAUGUCAUCCAUCGGAGGAGUUGAGUCUCAAUCUGCUGGCUCGGUCAGUCCCUUUCACCACGAAUCCAGACUUCGGCAAUUCCGACCCUUCAGCCGACAGGCUUUCUGCCAUUAACGAGACUUUUGCUGUGACCCAAGCCCAUGAGGCAGCACUUGCAACUGCUGUAUGCUACCCAACCAGUAGCGACAACGAGCUGUCGGGCCACUAUUGGCAGGUGGGCCAAGCUCAGCAACUCCAGCAACACUUGCACCAACAGCAAUUACGUCAUCAUAAUCAGCCCCGCCAUCAUCAUAGUCAUCAGCAUCACCAUCAUCACGCUCACACGGAUCAGCAUCACCAAGACACACAAGAUUUACAGCAACAACAACAACAACGACAACAAAUGCAGCAACAAACAAACUCGAGCGAGACGAGGCAACAACCGGCAACACUAUCCAGACAUAGUCUGCUUGAUCAGACCUAUCAGCCGGUCUUGCAAGAAGUCGUCAACCUUCCGGUCGACUUAUUUACUGCGCAUCGCGAGACGGUCGUCAAUUUGUUGGAAGUCUCCCAGUCAGUUGAUGUGCCAGAGAAGAAGGCAGGAGACUCGGGUGAGGUUGAGCAAAUGCCUGUAGAAUGUGUGUAUUCGAUCAAAAGAGGUGAUGGGAUAGAAGAAGAAGAGGCAGACGAGGGGGAGGACGACGACGAAGAAGAGGGCGAAGAAGAUGAUGAGGAAGAAGGUGAAGAAGAGGGCUUGGAGACUGCAGCAAAAUCACUUCUCAAGAUUGAGCUGGCUGAGCAACAUAAUGAAACACAAUCACAAGAGAACACUUCUGGUACCGGGCUAUCUGACAGUCUAAACUUGCGAAAGGGGAGAUUAAAUUCGACGGAUUCUGGAAUCAAAGGCGUAAAGAGUCACAUGGAGAGGAGAAAUAUUGCGAUCAAGACCAGAUCCUCUGGGGAGCAAAGGUUUAUCGGACAGAUUGUGGAGACGGAAACGAGGACACAAGGUGGGUGCCUUGACAGCAUGAUUAUCCAUACACUGCCGUUUUAA